AUGGAUGUUCAAUUAGCAGAAAAAGUUUUUCAUUUUUUAAUCAAAAUUUUAUCUAUAUUUCCUUGUGUCAUCGAAGAUACUACUCCUCCAAUUCCACCAACAUCAAAAAUAACUUUUCUACCACUUCCUGCUUCACCUGGACAAUUAAAAAAACGUUUCGAAAGUAUCAAUGAUUCAAAUUUUACAAUAACAUCAACUAUAACAAGUACAGAUGAAGAUAACAAAAAAGUAAAUCGAACAUCAUUAGGUGCUUUUGAAAAUAAUCCAUCAAUGAUGAAAUUAUUUCAUUUAAUACGUUUAUCAUAUCAAACACAUUAA